AUGGCGGUCUCAGCUCUUCUCAGGGUACUGAGGCACCGAGGGGUUCUGUAUAAUGGGCGGAGGUGGCUGUCGGGGAAGGACAGGGGGGAGAUAAACACUCUGCUGGAGGAAGCUUAUACAGACCAGAAUGAAGAGGAGGCGGAGAGCCACAGAGCAGGCAGGAGGUCAUCCACUGAAACCACAGUCCUCCUCUUCCCAGGGCAGGGAAGCCAAGCAGUGGGCAUGGCUGGUGGGCUCCUCAUGUACCCCAGUGUCAGGGAGAUGUUCCUGACUGCCCACAAGGUUCUGGGCUACGACCUCUUGAACCUGUGUCUCCAGGGCCCCGCUGAAGUGCUGAACAAGACCAUCCAUUGCCAGCCUGCUAUGUUUGUCACUUGUAUGGCUGCCACUGAGAAGCUGACCCAGGAAAACCCGGCUGCUCUAGAGAACUGUGUUGCAGUGGCAGGAUUCAGUGUCGGUGAAUUUGCCGCACUUGUGUGUGCUGGUGCUUUAGAAUUUACAGAAGCUCUGUAUGCAGUAAAAGUGAGGGCAGAAGCCAUGCAGAAGGCAUCUGAAGCAGUACAGAGUGGUAUGCUGUCUGUGAUUGGGAACUUCAAGACAAAAUACAGCACAGCCUGCGCUGAGGCCCAUGACCACUGUCUUACUUUGGGCAUUAAGGACCCAGUGUGCGAGGUGGCCAAUUACCUGUUUCCAAAUGGCAAAGUGAUUGCAGGACAUAUGGAGGCCAUUCGGUUCCUUCAAAACAAUUCUCACAAAUAUAACUUUUUACGGACUAAGCUGCUGCCAGUGAGUGGCGCCUUUCACACCCGUCUAAUGGAACCUGCUGUGGAACCUCUGGCAGAAGCACUGAAGGGUUUGACAUUCAAGGCACCUAUAGUAAGUGUUUACUGUAAUGUUGAUGGAAGGAAGUACAAGCAAAGCCAAGGCAUUGCACAUCUUCUUGUGAACCAACUGGUGUCCCCUGUGAAAUGGGAGCAGAUCAUGCACAACAUCUAUGAAAGAAAAAAAGGAAAGGACUUUCCACAGACUUUUGAACUUGGACCAGGCCAGCAAAUGGGAACAGUUCUGAAAAGUUGUAAUCUAAAGGCAUGGAGGUCAUAUACACAAGUAGAUGUUUUUGAAAAAGAUUCAGAGGUGGACUGA